UGGUUUGUCGAUCUGUGAAAUCUUGAUGAGCGGCCAUUCGCUGGUUCCCUGUAAUGUGGGCAUGGAAAAAAAACGUGUUUUGAAGGCCAAUCACGUCACAGGUAGCCCCGCCGCCCUCAAUUGCAAGAAGCUGAUUGGAUGUCGGACACACAAACGACACAAGUCAAUGACAGAACUUUGAGCUUAAAAAACAACUACAACCUACUUUGGGAACUUUUAUGCCGACAUGUUUACAUAAUUAAAUAAAAUACGUCUGGAGAGUUUCAAACACAGAGAGUUCCGUUUCUUAAUUUAUGGACUUAGAAUCCUUUUAUUUGGUGAGGGAAACUCAUGUCUUUAAAUGGCAGGUAACAGUUUCCAUGGCAACGCGCUUACUUGCAACAUGGACUUCCUACACUGGAGUUGCCAUGAUGUUGCAGGAUGGAUUGAGUCUUUAGGAUUUCCUCAGUACAAAGUAGGUUAAACACUCACCUGCGUGUGCAGAGACAACAUGAGAGAGUCGCUCAGUCUCCACAGUGAUGUUCCACUGCUCUGACUGUGUCAUCAUUCAUUCCUGUCGCAGCAGGCGUGCUUCACGGACAACCUGAUCACUGGAAGGAAGCUCAUUUACGUCAACUGUAUCUACUUACCGAGGCUGGGAGUCACCGAUUUUAAACAUAUGCAGGUCAUCUCUGCGUGUGUGCGUGAGCUACUGGGAAUCACAGAGACCAGGUGGAGCAGCCGCAGCAUCGCUGACCCCCCGCAGGACACCGUGAGCCUGUUCCUGGAGAAAAAGAGCCGCACAGGUGGACAGGCGGACAGCCUCACCUACCAGGCCUUCCUGGAUGACAUGUGUCACAGAGAGCGCGAGAGAGAGAGCGAGAUCGACAUGCUUCACAACAGUAAAGGAGGACAGUAAAACCCAUGACAUGUCAGCCACCAACUGUCAGCCCAUGAUGACUCCGAUGAGACACUCACAUAGGUCACAUGCAGGCCUUCACAUCAACACUUCCCACCAGCGUGUGAGCUGUUGUCACCAUGGGUCCUAUAAUACCAGUAUUUCUGCUUGUGCUUGUGUUCAGGCUGUAAAACACACCUGCAGUGACUGAAAAUCCACGUAUACUGGGCGACUUUACACGCAACAAAUGAAACAAAAGAUGCUAUCAGUGAUAUUGUUUUGUGUGCAAAUAAACAAAUAAACAUGUGUCUCAUACGAGUGAUUAAACUGUUUGGCUAUUCCUAUUGAUCUUCAGUGGGUGUGUUGUAACUGGACGGAGCUAUCGAUCUGGAGUAUAGAAAUCCUCAGGGCAAUUCUCUGGAUGACAACUAACACCUAAUUUCCAACACACACCAGGAGGCAACCGAAGCUAAAGGUCAUUGUUCUUGAGAGAACGCACAAAAAAAGAGGAGUAUCUGUGAGUCCGAGGAGAAAAUUGCACUAUAUGUUCUGUAAUAGAUGAAUGCAUUUAUAGAAAACUUUGGCAACUUGCACAAAAGGCCAUAGGAUCAUUGCAUUAGAUAGCAAUGGGUCCAGUGCCAAGUAGACCCACAGGGAGCCAAGGCUCAUGGAUUCAGCCAACUCAACACUUCUUUCUUGCCAAUAAUCUAUGUAAUAGAUGCAAGAAUAUCCAGCUAUAUACAGGCUGCUGGUGUUUGGCUUUCACUCAGACCAGAGGUUUUAUUUUAAAGAAUGGAGGUGGAUUUUCAUUUAUCCAACUUCUGCACGGCCAAAUCUGAAAAACAUUACCCAUAUUUUUUUUUUUACUCACAUUUUGUUGAAAUUUCUUCGAGAAUAUUAUAAGUGUGUUGCAUUUUCGUGCAGCAGGGUUCAAUCCACAUGAAUAAAUGAUGAUGCCUGCCUGUGAGAUAGGCUGAGAGGCACACUGCAUCUGUCUAUGCACACAAAUGCUCUCUGUGCAGCGCGCAGCGCCCCGAUUACCAUUCCGAGCACACCAGCCCUGGUCAGAAAUGGAGCAGGGUAUAGGUGGUUGACAGUCGAGGAGCAGAGGGGGGUUGGAUGUAGGCUAUAUUAUGGCAGCAACCUUUCACUCAAUCGGGAUUAAGUCGCACUGAGCCCCGUCGUAGCCAGUGAAAGCGAUACAGGAACAUCUGGCUGGAUUGAGCGCAGCACCAGUCACUCACACACAGCAGCGCUGUAGAUAUUAGAGCAGCAGCCUGUCGCUGCUACAAAGGCGUUUUCUCUUGUGGAGGUGCACACACAGGCGGGUGCGCAGUAGAGGCGAUUCCGCACAGCUGCAGCCACACCGGGACCCUUCAGCCUGCGCUUUCCUGCGCCCUAUUGUUUUCUCUUCGGGGAGAAAACCCGAGCUGCAUUUCUCCAGUUUGAGGGCAUCACAUGAAGAGUCGUACGUCCUUUAUCUGCUGUUCAUGGAUUUCUUGAAGGGCAUCGCUGGUUUUGCAGGCCGUCUCUUGUUAUAGCAGUGUUUCGGGACACCUGAAUUAUCUCCAAGAGACACCAUCGGUCCCAUUUUUUAAGGCAACAACACUGCUGGAAUGCUCCCCGCUCCCCUGGGAGGACAUGAGCUCAAACACACCCAUCUCUGACUUGGCUUGAUGCUUCAUCUGCAAGUUCUCCCAGGACCAGUCUGGAAGGCUCCAGAUUCCCCUCCUGUGACAGGGGGUUGUGGCUGAAAUCCACCACCAGCCCAGGACCUGCUGCACCGCAAGGUGCAUGAGCCUGACUGAAAAGCCAAAUGGAGUUUCUCCUGGUUUAUCUGAUAGUGCUUGGUGUGGCUGUCAAGGCCCACAAAGUCCAAGUCUGCCCCAAACGCUGUGUUUGCCAGAUGCUGAACCCCAACCUGGCGACUCUGUGUGAUAAAAAGGGGCUGCUGUUCGUACCCCCGAACAUUGAUAGGCACACGGUGGAGAUGCGCCUCGGGGAUAACUUUGUAACCAGUGUCAAACGCAAAGACUUUGCUAACAUGACUAAGCUGGUAGACCUGACCCUCUCUCGGAACAGUAUAGGCAACAUUGUGCCUCAUGCUUUCAAAGACCUAGAGAAUCUACGAGCUCUUCACCUCGAUAGCAACCGACUAACCCGCAUUACCAACGAUACCUUCAGCGGCAUGUCCAAGCUGCACCACCUCAUCCUCAACAACAACCAGCUCACCCACAUACAGAUUGGCGCCUUCAAUGACCUCACAGCCCUGGAAGAGCUGGACCUAUCCUACAAUAACCUGGAAGGUGCUCCAUGGGUGGCCAUACAGAGAAUGUCCAAUCUCCACACCCUCAAUCUGGACCACAACAUGAUCAGCUACAUCCCAGAGGGCACCUUCUCUGGCCUGCAGAAGCUAAAAAGGCUGGACGUGACCUCCAACAAGCUCCAGAAACUUCCUCCUGACCCCGUUUUCCAAAGAGCAGGGGUCCUGGCCACCUCUGGGAUAAUGGGACCUACAUCGUUUGCACUGAGCUUUGGAGGAAACCCUCUGAGAUGUAACUGUGAGCUGCUCUGGCUGCGGCGAUUGCGGAGGGAGGAUGAUCUGGAGACCUGUGCCUCACCACAACACCUCGCCGGGCGCUAUUUCUGGACAGUUUCAGAGGAGGAGUUCCUGUGUGAGCCUCCUCUCAUCACCAGGCACUCUCAGGAGCUUCGAGCUUUGGAGGGUCAGAGUGUGAGUCUGCGCUGUAAGGCCAGGGGCGACCCCGACCCCAUUAUUCACUGGAUCGCCCCCGAUGGACGCCUCAUGUCCAAUUCCUCCCGGGCCACGGUCCACACAGACGGCACGUUGGACAUCCUCAUCAGCACUGUGAAGGACUCUGGAUCCUUCACCUGCGUGGCCUCUAAUCCAGCUGGCGAGGCACAGCAGAACGUGGAUCUGGUCAUCGCUAAACUCCCUCACAUCACCAACAACACAGUCGCAGAGCAGGAGCCCGACCCUGGAUCAUCAGAUAUCGCCACAGUGACCAAGACAGGUCCCGAGGCUGGAGGGGUGCCUCUGGGGAACACGAAGCCGAGCCAGGAGAAGAAAGUAGUUAUAGCAGAGGCCACGUCCACCUCGGCCCUGGUCAAGUUUAACUUCCAGAGGAGUAUUCCUGGAAUCCGCAUGUUCCAGAUUCAGUAUAAUGGGUCAUAUGAUGAUUCACUGGUAUACAGAAUGAUCCCUCCAACCAGUAAGGACAUCCUGGUAAACAACCUGGCAGCUGGUACCAACUAUGACUUGUGCGUGUUGGCCAUCUAUGACGACCAGGUGACCUCACUGACUGCCACCAGGGUGAUAGGCUGUGUCCACUUCACCACAGAGCCGCAGUAUCUGAGAUGCCAUUUCAUGCAGUCCCAGUUCCUUGGCGGCACUAUUGUGGUUAUCAUUGGAGGGAUUAUUGUGGCCUCAGUUCUCUCUUUUAUUAUCUUCCUCAUUGUGCGCUACCGGGUGUGUAACCAAGGAGAUGCAGAUAAGGCUCUAGAGAUGGGGGAUAUUCGGUCACUGAGCAGUGAUGGACAGCUACAGGGCUGUGGGAUUCCCAAGUCCCUCUCCAAGCAGGUUCUACGUCCAGAGAAAAAUGACAAGGACUGCCUUCGAGUUUCCCUGCCACCGCCGGAGCCAACCAAGCAACGGCCACCAGUCGUUGUAGCCACAACCAAACCUUGUGUCCCUGACUGCACUGUCUCUACCUCUGCUGCCAGCCACAGCUGGCACCCAGCGUCACCCAGUGCUCUCAGGCCCAAACGCUCCAAUGCAGCGCCAAAGCCCUCAGAGGCUCGCCGCGCUGAAGCUCAGGCAGAUGUCGAGCUUGACAACAUGAACUGCAAUAACUCGUCAGAGAUGAAAGUGGCUAACGCCGUUGCUCUGGCCGUUCCCGGCCAGCCUACCAAGUGGACUGCUGCUCCCAGGGCACCGCGACCACACCAGGCCCCCCGACAUUACAUGACUGUGCCUGCAGGGGCUGCGAGGGUGAACCGCAGACACUCGCUUAACGCAGACUCUUAUAGGGAGCGCUGUUAUGUAGCCUACCCCAAACCUGGGGCCAGUCUUCGUUCCAAGCGCAGCCUAUCGAUGAGUGGAGAGCUGCCGCAGCUUGAGAGCACAACAAAUAUUCAACGGGCCAGAGACAAGCUCUCCAAGUCUGAGUGGCUUCUGGAGAGCACUUUAUGAUUUGGAGUUUAUAACCCGUGCUUUCUUGUUUUCUUGGAUUGGAAUUGUGGCCCGUGGAGGAACAGGCAGGGAUUUUACGCCUUGUUUUGAGCUUUUGCGCUCUCUAUUGAGGGACCUGUAAGCUUCUCUCAUAUAUCUGAGGGCAAGGCAGGCAUACAGGGUUGUGGGGAUCGUUUCAUAUUUGUUUACUACCUUAUAACCUAUCAGUCUUCUUUAUUGCGAAAUUUGAUCAAACUUUGAUGAAAGGCACAACAAUGUUUAAAACGACGUCAUGUACAAAAAUGUUUAGUUGUGUGAGAUACUGUAUAUCUCAGUACAACCAUAAGUGUUCAUGUGGUAUUGAAUGCAGUAUCCUGGACACUGUAUUAUAACCGAGGAGGAAACAGGCAGGAGGUGGAGUUAAUAUACUCACAGACACAUCGCCUGUUACUUAAAGUGAUACAAUCUCUGUAGACUUUGAACACGAUUCCUGUCUCCAGCUCCACAGACAGAUGGUGACAUGUCUUAAUUACCUUGGCGGUGGUUUGGAGAGAUUACAGACGUGCUUUACAUCCCAGAGGUGUUGGAACAGAAUGUAAUAGACAGACAGAGCUCCAUCUUUUCUUCAGCAACACUCCUAGACACAGCACAAUGCAGCAUAUUUGUGGCACAAGUCGACUCAGCCUUAUACUGCCCUCUGGUUUGAAUCGAUACAUUUUUAUCACAUAAUUACAUAAAGACUCAACUCUGAUAGGAUUCCUGUCAUGACUAAUUUGAGUGACAAUGGAACCAACACCAACAGCAUGACGCGUGCAGGAAAUAAUCUGAUAUCACAGGUGGAUGCGAUCAGGAGGAACAGUUCAUCUCCAUAUUUUUUCUUACUGACGUUGCCGUGUCACAUUGGUGACAUCCAUUGUAAAUUGACUUGUCGAUGUAAGAGAAACGAUAAUCAAACGUAUGGACGGACGCCAGCUCUUGAUUUUGCUGUUGUUUCUGUUUGAUGUUUACGAGUAUAAAUAAACCAGUGAUGAAAGGGA